AUGGCUUGCCUUAAAUUUGCGUUUAAGGCUUUAUGUUUGUCUCUCUUGUUCGUUACCGUCACAAGUCGACCGGCAACUAGAUUACAAGUUUUCAACGUUCAAAACUAUGGUGCAAAAGGCGACGGUACAACAGAUAAUACAAAUGCGUUUACAAAUGCGUGGAGAGAUGCAUGCGCAUCGAAUGGACUUGGUAGAAUGUACAUACCGAAAGGAAAGUUCUAUGUCGGUGGUGUAACGUUUGAAGGACCAUGCAAUGGUCAGACUUCGUUUGUCAUCGAUGGAACCUUAUUGGCUCCUACAAACAACAACGACAUCAAAAAAGAAACGUGGAUCAACUUCCGGUACAUCGACUAUCUCACCAUCUCCGGCGGCGGCACUAUCGACGGUCAAGGAAAAGAGUCUUGGCCACUCAAUGACUGCGACAAGGACAGUCAUUGUCCCAAUCUUGCUAUGAACAUGGGAUUUGAUUUCGUGAACAAAUCAAGUAUCGAAGGGAUAACAUCACUAAACAGUAAAGGGGGGCACUUGAAUUUCUACUACGUUGAUAAUUUCAGCAUCGCCGGCGUUAACAUAACAGCUCCCGGAGAUAGCCCCAACACUGACGGGAUCAAAAUAGCCUUUUCAAGCAAUAUUAAAAUCUCGAACACUCACAUUGGUACAGGGGACGAUUGUAUCGCCAUCCUAUCGGGAAAUACUAAUUUCGAUAUCAAUAAGGUCACUUGCGGUCCCGGACAUGGGAUUAGUGUCGGAAGCUUGGGAAGGUACAAGGAGGAGAAGAACGUUGAGAACUUAACGGUUAGGGAUACGGUCUUUACUGGCACGAGUGACGGUAUACGGAUCAAGACAUGGGAAUCUUCGGUUAUUGCGAUUGUUAUAUCUAACUUCGUGUUUGAGAAUAUACACAUGAUCGAUGUUGAAAACCCUAUCAUCAUUGAUCAGAAGUAUUGCCCUCACCCGCCGUGCCAAAAUAUGGGAGAAUCUCACGUUCAGAUCGAAGACGUGACGUUAAAGAACAUUUGGGGAACGUCGAUGAACAAAAUGGCUGUGCAACUUCAAUGUAGUAAAAGCGUUCCUUGCAAGAAUAUUCAUUUAGUUGACAUCAACUUAACGCACAACGGAACCGACGCAACGGCGUUAUGUGAGAACGUUGAAGGUUCUGCUUCUCGUAACAUGGUUCCAUCCAAUUGUCUGAAUUGA